UGUCGUUCAACGAAGCAAGAGCACAUUGGAAACUUGGUUUAUAGAAUUCUCCUGAUAUGGCUUUGCUUGUUUGAAGCAGAAAAAGCUUUUGGAACAUAUCUCUAACCAAAGCCAUUUUCCCGGGCAAGCCUUUACCACAUUUAAUAUCAACUAAAUGACGACAGUGGAAGAGAGACUAAAAGACUGAACACUACUGGGAAAUUCAAAUACUGGGUUGACCUGAAAAUCCUACUUGAGGAAGACAUGUUGGACGUGAAUGUCGAGCUGAUGCUGCACGUCAAAUCAUUGUCCAAAUACCGUCCAAGUUUUGCCAAAAAAUACCGGAAAAAAAUACAACAAAUGAAAAGAAAAUGGCGGAGGUUUUGCAAGAAAAGGAUGGAAGCAGUUUCAUUCCACUAAGAAAGAAAGCAAAGUUUGGCGGCAUUGAGAGCAACUAUGUUCACUCUGUGUAUGAAAAAAGUUUUAAGGGUGACGAGAUGUCUGAAUUAGAUGCAGAAAGAUUUCGUUGGUACAACGGAAUUGAAGUAAAAGGUGUUGAUUGUCCACCUCCAAUUAGGAGUUUCUCAGACCUUCAUCUUGAUACUUCUGUCACAAAUUACCUCAGGGAGGCCAAUUUUUUAAAUCCAACACCAAUUCAAAUGCAGUCUUUGAGUUGCACAUUGAAUGGGAGAGAUGUCAUUGGCCUUGCUGAAACUGGCUCAGGGAAAACAUUAGCAUAUACUUUACCAUUAGUAAUCUGGUUGAAAGAAGAACCACCUAAGAUGCAUGGCGAGUCCCCUGUAGCACUAAUUGUUGUUCCAACUCGAGAGUUAAUGCAGCAAAUAUUUAUAAAUGUGAAAAACCUUUUAAAUAGUAUUUGUGUGCAGCCAUGCAUGACAUCACCAGAGGUUUCAGGGAUAAGUACAACAAUGCGAUACAAAGCAUCAGCUAUUUGUGGAGGUGUGUCAGCCAAGUCCCAAAUCGAAGAGAUAAAGGCAGGGGUAGAUGUUGUAGUUGCAACACCAGGUCGAUUGCUUGAUUUAUGUGAACGUGGUGUACUUUCAUUAUUGAGUAUAAAGUAUUUUGUGUUGGACGAAGUUGACAGGAUGCUUGGAAUGGGUCUGGAAGAGCAAUUAAGAAAAGUUGUUGCAUUUGUAACGGCUAAGAACAAACCUUGCCAAACGCUAUUAUUUUCUGCGACACUACCUGAAUCACUAGAACGUCUUGCAAGGUCUGCUGUAGUGAAUCCUGUCGAAAUCCAAGUAGGUGCAACAGAAGUGACGGCUCCAAAUAUCAAACAUCGGGUUAUGUUCUUACAUACCUAUGAAAAACCUAACAGAAUAUUAGAAAUUCUUCGUCAGACUGAAUUCCCACCUGUUAUAGUGUUCACGUCCUCUAUACAAACCGUCGACUUCGUUGUUCGUCAUUUGAGAAAAGAACAAUUUCAUGUGGCAGGCCUGCACUCGGAGAAGAGUCAGAACUAUAGAUUCAGAUUGAUGAGCGGGUUUAAAGAUGGCAAAGUGGAUGUACUUGUUGCAACCGACCUGGCGUCGCGUGGCCUUGAUAUUCCCGAGGUGACGCACGUGGUUAAUUAUGAUAUGCCAGAUACUAUCGAGGAUUACAUUCAUCGAUGUGGUCGCACAGGAAGGAUGUCGAAAUGCGGACUGGCAACUUCUUUCUUAACUUUAGAUUGUAAGAUAGCAGCUGAACUGAGAGAUUUGUUAGAAUCCUUGGAACAACCGCUACCGAAGGAGUUGGAAAACGUGAAGGACUUUGGAAAGAAUGUUGUGCGAACAGAAUUUGGUGAUAGAAGCAUCUCAUAAUGUACCCUUUAAGAUCAAACAAGCAGCAAGUAGUGACAGUUUUAACUUGUGAAACGUGAAAAAGAGGAACACGUGGAUUAAUCACAUGAUUGUCGAUUCAUGUAGAUAUAUUACGUCGUAAUAUUUAUGUUGAACUACUUGAAAUUAAUCAAAGUAUUUAAUUCUGUGUCAAAAACGUUUCGCUUUGAUUUUAUUUCACGUAAUUAGUCAGAUCCAAGCGUGGUGAUUACUGAUUACCGCCGUUUCUCUGUAAAAUGCGGAGAAUCUCUACCGUAAAAGCAAUUUCACGCAUAUUCGGAAAAUAAACGAAAAAAAUGAGUUUGCUUUUAAGUAAGAAUAUAAAGACUAUUUUAAGUACGUGGUCUAGUUACUGUUUGAUAUUCUCGACUUUCGACUCUUCUCUGUUUUCAGGGUGCUUGGCAACUUUUGUAGCUUCACAUACACUAUCUAAUAACAAUCUAAUAAAACUUCACACAGUCUAAUAAAAACUACCACUGUUGCAGGUUACAAAAUUUCGACUGUCUUACACAAAAAAAUAGCAUCUACAUCGAUAAACAAGAGAACUACACUUAUAGAAAUUUUAUGCGACGUUCGGCUGAAAAUAUUGAACUAUAAAGUACACACAACAGCUACUAUUAGUAACCAAAUCUUACGCCCGUAUUCUAAAAGCUUACUCACACUCAACUCAUUGAGUGGGAUAUCUUAAUCUUCUCAUGGCGUUUACAUAGCGGUAUUUCCAGUCGAAUAGAGGCAUGAUCUUCAGUUUUUUACCUUAAAUCUUUCCACCUAUUCAGAAAUAACUUUCUCAUUGAGCAGCAAUAGCAAAAUUUCUAAGUCACACUCAAUGAGUGCGAGUGUGAGUGAGCUUUUUGAAUACAGCCGUUAUUCUUAAAUGAUUAUACUUAGUAUACCU